AUGUCGCGGACUCUGUGGAUAACUCCUUGUCCGUUCGUCACAAUAGAUACUCGAGACGCGACGAAAUUGGUUUGUAUGUGUCGGAAACGAAUUAUUUCCGUACGGCGCGGAACCAAUGGACCGAGACGCGCGGCGGCGCGACAUCCGAUCGCGCCGUGCGGAAGACGCGGAAAACGUCGGCGACGCGCGGCCGUAAUGCGCGUGGAAAACGACCGACGGCCGGCGAGGAACGUGUCGCGCCGCGGCCCGGUGCCCCGCGGCGGAGAAAAACGUGAGCGGACCGCACAAGGAGACGCGCGUCCGUUUUUCCCCGGUGGAGUCCGGAGGUGUGCCGUGUCACGGGGUUGCCAGAGUGCGUCCCGAAAUGAUCCUUUUUCCUCGAGCAUGUCCCGACGAAAAAGAUCAUUUUUUCAACGUAGCCCGAAUGCGGCCCGGUCCGUUUAG